AAACGGAGGAUUUCUUCGACCCGCAGAUAAGAUGGCGGACGAUUGCAGUAAAGAUUCUCACAAAACUGCAACUAAAAUUGGAUCCUACAAUGUUGGGGCAACAAUUGGCAAAGGAAAUUUUGCUGUUGUCAAAUUGGCUGAACACAAUAAAGCUAAUGUUAAGGUUGCCGUCAAAAUGAUUGAUAAAAGUCAACUUGACCAGGAGAAUUUAUGCAAAGUACUUCGUGAAGUCCGUAUCAUGAAGCUAGUCAACCAUACAAAUAUUGUCAGGCUGUAUCAGGUGAUGGAAACAGAGCGCUACUUAUACCUGGUCACUGAGUAUGCUGCAAAGGGAGAAAUAUUUGAUCUGCUUAUAAAAACUGGUCGAAUGCACGAGAGAGAAGCAAGAAAAAUGUUUCGUCAAAUAAUAUCAGCAGUGGAAUAUUUACACCAGAAGAGAAUAGUGCACCGUGAUCUCAAGGCCGAGAACCUACUCUUAGAUGAAAACAGUCGUAUCAAAUUGGCUGAUUUUGGCUUCAGUAACAUCUUUGAACCCGGUGCAAAAUUAAAAACUUGGUGCGGUAGUCCACCAUAUGCAGCUCCGGAAUUAUUUGAAGGCAAAGAAUAUUAUGGCCCUGCUGCAGAUAUAUGGAGCAUGGGCGUGGUGCUGUAUGUGUUGGUAUGUGGGGCGUUACCUUUCGAUGGAAGAACUCUACCGGAUUUGAAACAGCGUGUGUUAACCGGAAAGUUCCGAAUACCGUUUUUCAUGUCGUCAGACUGCGAAAGUCUGAUUCGUCACAUGCUUGUUGUGGAUUUGAACAAGCGUUACUCGCUGAACCAGAUAAAACAGCACAAGUGGAUUAUCCAAGGUGAACCGUACGAUUUCAUACUGGAAGAAGACGAGUUUUGUUUCGCUCAACACCAUGGUAACAGCGAGAAUGGUUCCAGCCUGUACAAUCAAGUUGUGCUCAACCAAAUGGAAAAGUUGGGCGAGAGCAGUGUUAAAGUUAUUAACUGUUUACAACAAAAGACAUUCGAUAACACAUACGGUCUUUAUCACAUAUUACUAGACAAGCACUUGAAAAUGCAGCGUAAAAAAGUAUUGGAAAAAAAAUCGUACAGCGAUUUCACUCAUUUAGAAGGCUUGACACUUGAUCCGGAACCAGGCAGUCCAGAGAUUGAAAAUAAGGGUGUAACUUUCGAAACAAUCGAGCCACAGGAACUUAUUAUCGAAGAAGGAGAGCCAGACCAGGUCGAACUUGCUAAAUACUUCUCUAGACGAAGAGAGACUAUCGCAGUUUCUCACAUCACGCCAAGCCCGAGAAACGCGGGUCUUAUGAACCAAUAUAACAUGGACCAAGUUCAAAUUCCGGAAAUAUCCAUAUGUCCGUCUCCAAGUCCACCCCACAUGGAGAAGCCUAGUAAGCUGCAGUACAAAGAACAGUACCUACCACGCCCUGCUGUCUUGCAGGUACGGCCUCAAUUUGACCGUCGGGCCUCUGAUGGAUCUGCAACAUUGCAGGACAGUAUUGCGCAAUUUAAUAUGAGGCGUAGUCAAUCCAAAGCUAACCCUUCUGUUGAUGUUGGCAGGAGCAAUAACUUGUGUGUGAUUGAGGAUGACAGCAAUGGAGGCUCCGAGUCAGACACUGAGCCGGACAUGGAAGCUGUGAACAGCUAUCUAGAGAAGGGUAGAGGAAGCAGGAAGAGACAUACAUUUAGUAGUAUAUUAGAGACGCCCGUUGAAGAUGAAGAAAGUGUUGGUUCAUUAAAAGCUUUCCAUCAACAGCUACACAUGUCGAAAUCGAGAACGAAAUUAGAGCGAGAGACUAGAAGUCCAGUGCCUUAUUUACCUGUUAGCCCGGAAUCCCGAAGAAAUAUAACGGGUGAACGCAGACCGUCCGAUGGAUCGUUAACAGUUCACUUAUAUACAGAAAAAAAAAAAGAAGAACCGGACUCUUUAUUGAAGCAAAUUCAUUUAGAGCAUAAGAAACUGCAAAACCAAUACGGUACUAACGCUUCGGAAUAUCCCCGUCCACCGCGUCGGAACUCUUCUCAUAACCAUUUACGAGAAGGCUUAAGAUAUUCGUACCCAUCGUACCAAGAGAACACUGAUACAUCAAUAAUUGUGCAACAACUCGAGACUGAACUGUCGCCGAACGAUCCUUGCCUUGCCAUGCUCCACCAAAAGCAAGAGGCGCAGCAGCAGAAUUUACUCGUGAAGUUUUUAGUGGAGCGCAAGAUUUUAGAGCGACAAAUGGAGGAUGCUAGGCGAGAAUUAAUCCGUCGUGCCUCCGAAGGUGCGCCGAGGUUGGAAAGUAGCAUUGCCGAAUUUUUAGCACAACGCGAAAGUAGUAAGAACGUCCCGUCGACUACCGAUAUUCAACCAAAUGCAACGGAACUUCAGGACGAAAUGAAAAAAUUAAAUUUGCAGGUAUCGAGUGGCCUCCCCGGAUCGAUGUCUCACGAGCCGGUUCGUUUUAACGACGAGUUGUUCGAUUCCUCGGCCCCUACGUACACUUCGUCGCUUCUCCCUUCCCCUGGUAGAAUGGAUAUCGACGACUCUCUUCCCGACAGAAGGUCUGAGUAUAGGUACGCUAACCCUCAGGCUUUGUUCAACAGCCCUUAUUCUCGCUCAAGAAACUCACACUUGUUGCCACUAGCGCCGAACUUUGGUGUUUCCCGAAUGAAUUCGCCGUAUGGCACCGCAACUAAUGCAAUGCAUGCACCAGAGAUUCAAUCUCCGUUGGUGCAUAAUGGAGGUAUACUUUGGUCGACGAUGAAUCCGGAUGAGGAUAUCACUACCACGAGUUCGGAAAAUCUUCAUAAAACGCUGACAUCAUCAUUUAGUGUCGACUUAACCACAUCUUUAACAACCACGGAUGCAGUGGAUGAAGUGAAGCGAUGUUUGGAUGAACACAAAGAAAUAGACUAUAGCCAAUCAGACACGUUCUUCUCAUUAUAUAAAGAAGGCGUUCAAGUUGAGAUUGAAGUUUGUCCUCUAACCAAAAAUAGUCCAUUAAACGGCGUUAAAAUACGCCAUAUUGGCGGUGAUAAAUGGAUUUAUAAGAAAAUGAGAAACGAAAUACUAACUGGCUUACAGUUAUAACACGGGUUGUUUCGAGAUUUAACGUGUCACACUAAAAGUGAUUGUUGUUGUGCCUCGGUAAUUUAUUUCUACUUGCCUGGCCCACCCAUCUCGCCCUUACGAGAAAUACGAAAAAAACAUCAUGGAAAACUGAUGUAGCCAGUUUAUUCUAUGAGAAGGCCAAUCAGAUUGAGAGGCUGAAAUAUCCUCGUCGUUUGAUUGGCUAAUUUCAUGUUUAGCUUUGACUUUCACGCUUAAUUUAUCUGUUACUGUUUCACGUGUCGUGAUUGUCUCUAUGUUUUUGCGUAUUAAAGAAAUCUUAUCUGUAGACGAAUAUUUAAAUAACCUUUAUGCGACGAGGGUUCUCUGCAAAUCACAUUUUCAUGCGAAUUUUAGCUGAAUCCUCGCAGCUUAACGUAUAUUUGCACGACAGCUCACGAGUUGUCGUAAAUAUGUUUUAUUGUUUUUUUUUUGUAAAUAAAAGUGUGAAUUGUAAAUACAAUAAGGAAUAUAUAAAAUUAAGUUGUCACCAAAGAAAUAGAAAGAAUAUUUUGUAA